UGGCGUGCGGUGGGUGUGGUUAUACCUCCAGGUCACUGAGCUGGUACGAUGACCUCACACUGCCACACAGGGGUCACAUACUGAGGCCGCCGUCGCCAUCAUGGAGGGGUCCGGGAGCGAGUACUCGGACAUCGGCGGGAAUAAGAUCACCCUCCAGCAGAGCUCGUACGGCGACAGCUGCCGGGAGAUCACCGUCACCAGCCCAAAGCUGUCCCUGCGCUCCCUGACCGGCUGCACCUGCGGGGUCUGGCUGCUGGCCUACACCGCCUUCCUGUACACCCAGCACAGCGCCGUGCUCACCGCCGCCAUCCUGUGCACCGUGCUGGGGCUGCUCCUCUACAUGCACCUGCUGAAGGUGGAGCAGGAGUCGCUGCUGCUGCUGGGCUCGCUGGGGAUACAGCAGACGCUGAGCUACGCCUCGGGCAGGGAGAGCACCGUCUUCAUAGAGAUGUGCCGGGUGCGGGACGUGGUCAUCAACGAGGGGAUCUCCAUGCAGCGGGUCAUCUACUACCUGUGCAUCCUCCUGGGGGAUCCCUCCGACCCCCGGGGUCUCUCACAGGUCAUCCCGCUCUUCCAGAACUCUCAGCCGCGCCUGGACUGCCUGCUGGAGAUCUACAGGAGCUGCCAGGAGGUCCUGUCCCAGAGGGGCAGCACUGAGAGCCAACAUGGAGCGGCCAGGAGGUCCUAUGCCAGAGGGGCAACACAGAGAGCCAACAUGGAGGGGUCAGCAGAUCCUAUUCCAGAGGGGCAGCACUGAAAACCAACAUGGAGGGGUCAGGAGGUCCUGUCCCAGAGGGGCAGCACUGAGAGACAACAUGGAAAGGUCAGGAGGUCCUGGCCCUGAGGAGCAGCUCUGAGAGCUAACAUGGAGGGGUCUGGAGGUCCUAUUCCUGAGGAGCAGCUCUGAGAGCUAACAUGGAAGGGUCUGAAGGUCCUGUCCCUGGGGACCAGCACUGAAACCCAACAUGGAGGGGUCAGGAGAUCCUGUCCCUGUGGAGCAGCUGUGAGACCCAACAUGGAGGGGUCAGGAGGUCCUGUCCCAGAGGGCCAGCACUGAGACCCAACGUGGAAGGGUCAGGAAGGUUUUAUCCCUGAGGGGCAGCACCCAGACUCAACAUGGAGGGGUCAGAAGGCUCUAUCCCAGAGCGGUAAAACAGAGUCCCAAUAACAAUGCACUGUCUCAUGGGGGUCGAUUCUAUUCGGCAACUAAUGAAUAGCGCCGGGAAUUAGCUCCCGACGCUAUUCAAUUCAGCAACUAGUUACCUGCAAUUGUCGGGAAUUCUUCUCUCAUCCCCGGGGGAUGAGAAGAGAAACCCGACAAAAGUGCUGCCUCGCGGCCGGCGCGAGGCUGAUUCUGUCGGGAAUCAGCCUCUCGCCGGGGAGUUAAGUCGGAGAAUGCCCGUUCUCCCGACAAAACUACCUGUUUUGUCGGCGAGAACGGGCCAUCGCCGACGUAACUAGUUGCUGAAUUGAAUAGCGUCGGGAGCUAAUUCCCGGCGCUAUUCAUUAGUUGCCGAAUAGAAUCGACCCCAUGGAUUGAUAAGGACAUGUCCCAGAAGAUUGAAGCUGUUUUGAUAUCCACUAAUUUUAAUUACUAAUUUAUAUUGCAUAUUUAUGAUUGAUUUUUAUAUCUGUUUUAGGAACAUUAGGUGGCUGGAUCACGUGUUAAUGGAUGUCUAUUAAAACAAAUUAUCCUUCCUGCACAGUAUAA